CUGUGCCUGACGUGUAGCCCUGUCUGGGGAGCUCUGCACGCGCAAUUCCGCAGUCUCUCCCAGAUUGUGCAAGAACCAUGGGAGGGGCGUCAGGGACCAUUGACAUUUACAGAUGUGGCCAUAGAAUUCUCUCUGGAGGAGUGGCAGUGCCUGGACACAGCACAACAGAACUUAUAUAGAAAUGUGAUGUUAGAGAACUACAGAAACUUGGUCUUCCUGGGUAUUGCUGUUUCUAAGCCAGACCUAAUCACUUGUCUAGAGAAAGAAAAAGAACCCUGCAAGAUGAAGCGACAUGAAAUGGUGGAUGAACCCCCAGUUGUGUGUUCUCAUUUUGCUGAAGACUUUUGGCCAGAGCAAGACAUAAAAGAUUCUUUCCAAAAAGUGACACUGAGGAGAUACGAUAAACGUGGACAUGAGAACUUACAAUUAAGAAAAGGCUAUAAAACUGUAGGUGAUUGUAAGCUAUACAAAGGAGGUUAUAAUGGACGUAACCAAUGUUUGACACUUACCCAGAGCAAAAUGUAUCACUGUGAUAUAUAUGUAAAAGUCUUUUAUGCAUUUUCAAAUGCAGAUAGAUACAAGACAAGACAUACUGGAAAGAAACCUUUCCAGUGUAAAAAAUGUGGCAAACCAUUUUGCAUGCUUUCACAACUAACUCAACAUAAGAAAAUUCAUAUUAGAGAGAAUACCUACAGAUGUAAAGAAUUUGGCAAUGCCUUUAAUCAAUCCUCAGCCCUUACUAACCAUAAGAGAAUUUAUGUUGGUGAGAAACACUACAGAUGUGAAGAAUGUGGCAAAGCAUUUAACCACUACUCAACCCUUACUAACCAUAAGAGAAUUCAUACUGGAGAGAAACCCUACAAAUGUAAAGAAUGUGGCAAAGCCUUUAGCAGGUACUCAACCCUUACUACCCAUAAGAGAAUUCAUUCUGGAGAGAAGCCCUACAAAUGUGAUGAAUGUGGCAAAACCUUUAGCAUAUCCUCAACCUUUACUAAACAUAAGAUAAUUCAUACUGAAGAGAAACCCUACAAAUGUAAAGAAUGUGGCAAAGCCUUUAACCGGUCCUCAACCCUUACUAGCCAUAAGAGAAUACAUACUGGUGAGAAACCCUACAAAUGUGAAGAAUGUGGCAAAGCCUUUAACUGGUCUUCAACUCUUACUAAACAUAAGGUAAUUCAUACUGGAGAGAAGCCCUACAAAUGUGAAGAAUGUGGCAAAGCUUUUAACCAGUCUUCAAGACUUACUCGACAUAAAAAAAUUCAUACUGGAGAGAAACCCUACAAAUUUGAAAAAUGUGGCAGAGUUUUUACCUGUUCCUCAACACUUACUCAAGACAAGAAAAUUCAUACUGGAGAGAAACCCUACAAUUGUGAAGAAUGUGGCAAAGUUUUUACCUAUUCCUCUACACUUACUAGACAUAAGAGAAUUCAUACUGAAGAGAAACCCUAUAAAUGUAACGAAUGUGGCAAAGCUUUUAACCGGUCCUCACACCUUACUAGCCAUAGGAGAAUUCAUACUGGAGAGAAACCCUACAAAUGUGAAGAAUGUGGCAAAGCCUUUAAGCAGUCCUCAAACCUUAACAGUCAUAAAAAAAUUCAUACUGGAGAGAAACCCUACAAAUGUGAAGAAUGUGGCAAAGCUUUUAUCCUGUCCUCAAGACUUACUCAACAUAAGAAAAUUCAUACUGGAGAGAAACCUUACAAAUGUGAAGAAUGUGGCAAAGCUUUUAACCGGUCCUCAAGACUUACUCAACAUAAGAAAAUUCAUACUGGAGAGAAACCCUACAAAUGUAAACAAUGUGACAAAGCUUUUACCCACUCCUCAAACCUUAGUAGUCAUAAGAAAAUUCAUAGUGGAGAGAAACCCUACAAAUGUGAAGAAUGUGGCAAAGCUUUUAAUCGGUCCUCAAGACUUACUCAACAUAAGAAAAUUAUACUAGAGAGAAACCUUACAAAUGUGAAGAAUGUGCCAAAGCUUUUACCCGGUCUUCAAGACUUACUCAACAUAAGAAAAUUCAUAGGAUGGGUGUGGUGGCUUAUGCCUGUAAUCCCAGCACUUUGGGAGGCCGAGGUGGGCGGAUCACAAGGUCAGGAGAUCGAGACCAUCCUGGCUAACAUGGUGAAACCCCGCCUCUACUAAAAAUACAAAAAAAAAAAAAAAAUUAGCCAGGCGUGGUGGUGGGCACUUGUAGUCCCACCUACUCGGGAGGCUGAGGCAGGAGAAUGGCCUGAACCCGGAGGUGGAGCUUGCAUUGAGCCACGA